AUGGCAACUCCGGCCGCUUUACCACCACUUCCUUUCAAUCCUAGACAGGUACGAUCGUACUUGUUGCGCCUGCCGUUAUUCACACGAUUGGUACUGCUAGUGAUCCUGGCAUUCUGGUUGCUUGAACUGCAGGCUAUGUGGAAUGUGGUGCAAUGGGGCUCAUUGACCCCCGAUGAGUGUAAUCUGGGAACCAUGUACCGAUUGAACACCUUUCCCCUUAUCCAUACGGGAUUCUUCCACGCGCUACUGAAUGCGAUGGCUCUGACACCGCUUCUGGAGAGAUUUGAGGCUGAACAUGGCACUCUCACCUCAAUUGCCUUGUUUAUUGGACGUAUGAUACUUGGGUAUACUUCUAUUCUGAUGGACUUUCAACUGAUGCUUGUUUUAGCCCUCUCAACUUUCCCAGCUGGUCUUUAUCUCCUAAUCGAGAAAGUGAUCUUGCAUAGUAAUACCCCAGUGGUAGGCGCGAGCGUUGGCCCGUAUAAGAUCCCUACCUGGACUUCACCUCUGUUUGCAUGUGUCGUGCUGUCUAUCCUUGUGUCCAACGUGAGCUUCCUGGGUCAUAUGUGCGCGAUUCUUGUCGGCUAUAUUUUUGGCCUUGGCUAUCUCAAGUUCCUUGUUCCCCCAGAGAAGGUCCUGCGCUGGAUCGAGGGCAAGCUCAACCUCUUGGGCCGCCUGCCUCAUUAUGUCUCUGUGGACCAAAAGACGUAUGGUCGGUAUGGUGUCCUCCCAUCUACCAACCCAUCUAACGGAAACCAAACCCCCCAUGAGCUACUUGGGCUCGACCCAGCGCUUGGGCUCCGAAUAAGCCUGGGCUCGCAUAAUGUCCAUGUAUCAACCUGCCUCUCUGCGAUCCGCAAUCUGCGGAAUAACCCUCAAAUCCUCUUCAUCCGUCUCCCGAACCUCCUGUCGCUUCUAUGUAUCGUUGUGGGAGUGGUCUGGCUCCUACUCCUCCCCUUGAAUGAAUACUCUCGUCACACCUACAUCUCCGAGAACGCACUCCUUCCAGGCCAGGUUCAUGCCUAUUUCAGCGGAAGUGAGCAGCAUAUCUUCCGAGGAUACAAGCAAGAAUUCGAAGGACUCUUGAAUGAAGGACAGAACGGUGUCGAGGCGCGCGACCAAGCGGAAUUAACUCCAGCCAUUUCUACGAAGAUUGGCUCUAUUCUGGAGGCUGCUGGACUCAAAGUUGCGACCCAGAAGUACGAGUACACAUCAGCUGGUAUCACCCACCACGGCGAAAACACCUAUGGAAUUAUCCAUGCACCACGAGGUGAUGCGACCGAGGCAAUUGUGUUGGUGGCUUCGUGGAGAACAGCGAAUGACGAGUUGAACUUGAAUGGUGUCACUCUGGCCUUGACGUUGGCCAGAUACUUCAAACGCUGGUCACUUUGGUCCAAAGAUAUUAUAUUCCUCUUUACUCCCGAUAGUAAAUCCGGCACUCAGGCCUGGAUUGACGCCUACCAUGAUCUCCACCCUGCAUCUGUACAGCCUCUGGCACUGAAGAGUGGCGCAUUACAAGGCGCCCUGGUAAUUGAAUAUCCAUUUGAGCAUCGAUUUAAGAGCUUGCACAUUGUUUACGAUGGUGUCAAUGGUCAAUUGCCGAACUUGGACUUGUUCAACACUGCGGUGGCCAUUGCAGGCGGCCAAAUGGGAUUCGGAUCCAAUUUGCAGGAGAUGUGGGAGCAUGACGACAGCUACGAGGCGCGUCUGCAGACAAUCUUGCGCGGCAUGGCCAAACAGGGUCUGGGAUAUGCCACUGGAGCCCACAGUAGCUUCAUGCCAUAUCAUAUCGAUGCGAUCACUCUACAACCUACCGGUGAAGGAUGGGAAGAUGAGAUGGCAUUGGGACGGACCAUCGAAAGUCUUUGUCGUAGCUUGAACAAUCUCCUCGAGCAUCUCCACCAGAGCUUCUUCUUCUACUUGCUUAUGCAGUCUAAUCGGUUUGUUAGCAUUGGAACUUAUCUCCCCAGUGCUAUGCUCAUCGCUGGCAACUUUACCAUCAUGGCGAUUGCUCUGUGGAUGCGAACUGGUUAUCAUGCAGAUGCCCUGUCUACCAAGACCACAGAGGCUGAUAAGCCUAAGGAGAAGAGUUCAGAGAAGAGCUCAGAUGCUGGGGAGUCUGAAGAGAAGAAGAAGCCAGCCGAGACCACUGGCCCUGCGGUUGCAGAGCGCCUUCUAGCUUUGCCUCUUACCCUUGUCACUGGUCUUCAUUUGCUUGGACUGGUUCCACUUUGGUUAUUCAAUACUCUUCCACACCAGUUUUUCACACUGGCUACUUAUGCCUUCGUCGCUGUGGACAUCGUUCUACCCUUACUCUUGGCUGCCCUUCUCGCCAAUGGCUCGGGUCUGACCACUGCCCUUGUGCCACAACAGUAUUUACUGAUCAAGUCCUUUGCACUUCUCCUAUUGGGAUUAGCUCUGUCGACUCUAGCUACACUCAACUUCUCCCUUUCUUUCAUGAUUGGCCUUCUCUGCGCCCCUCUCAGUUUCGUUAACCGCUCGCAUUGCCCUUCCGCACCAAAAAGACGUGCAUGUGCAGGCUUGGGACUUGUGUUACUCAAUCUUCUUUCCCCACCCACUGUUUUGAUGGGUGUCUGCUGGUAUACCGGCGUCUCUGUGGAGACUGUACUCACCCAGGCGGCAUUCGGUUGGGAUGUCUGGGGCAUGUGGACACAAGUUGUGAUAUGGUGUGUUUGGUGGCCAGCCUGGCUAAUUGGAUGUGUCCUGUUAGGCGCAUCGAUCUUUUAG